GGAACCAUACCAAACCCAACGUGUUCUUCCGCCUGUGAAUCGCGUGGAUUGCGAUGCUACUUGCCAAUGAUCGCCAAAUCAAUCAUCAAAACCCUGACUAAAAAGCUCAAUUGAAGGGCCAGCUGUCGAGCAAACAACGCAGCCAUCCUUGCAUUUCUUGGCUCACAAAAUUGAAUAGCGCAAAAAGGAGCAGAAGCUGGGUAAUUAUUACAAGGAACUAUGAAACUCAUCAAAGCUCUUAAGCUUGCGGUCGUCCUUGCUGGACCAUGGAUGAAAGCCGCUGCCUCUGCCGAGGCUUCAGGCCAUCCCGAGAGUCCAAGCUCUUCUCAUGCCCACCAGCACUUGCGCCAACUGCGAAACGUCAAUGCAGUUCAAUCGGCAAACGGCGUCCGCGUUGACAUUGAUACGGACAAGGGCAUGGACGGCGCAGACGAAGGUGGCGGUCAGUAUGUUUUGCUCUAUCGAGUUGCCCCCGGCUUCCAUAUUCAAGUCAAGUCGAACCCUCGCUCAGGAGAGAUCCAGAUCCGACCUUUGGGUAAUCCAAAUCAGAUCCUUAACGCUGAAGAGAAGGGAACCCUUGUGGCCAUUGCAGAGGCUUUGGAAGCUGCUGGAGACAUUGCGACCGAUGAAGUGGACCAGGUUGGUACUCAAGGUGCCCGCGCAGCCCGCGUCUUGUCCGAGUGGCCCGACGUUCUUGGCCUCGAGUUUGACUACGACGCCACGGUGGAUUCGAGCGACGAGGGUCCCCGUGCACAGCCUGACGCCGCUCCAGAGGUUCCCGGCAAUGGCAAAACGCGACGUGCCGUUGCGAUCGAAGAAGGCAAGCCCGAGGAAUCUGAGUCUUCCCCCUCCACCAGCCAUCACCACUAUCGUCGGUUGGCGUAUACAUCGAUUUGUCCAUACGUGAACAGCUUUGUCCAGGUAACCCACGACGAUUGGGAUUAUGAUCGUUGGGAUGACAGGACCACUUACUAUGCGUACAUUAGUAUGCACGCUUCUGGCCCUUGUUCCGGAGGGACUUAUUUUUGGACUGGCACUGCUUGGAGCUGUUACGAGCCUGAUCAUGAUCCAAAUGUGGAGUACGCUUAUGGUGACUGCUUUGGACGAUGUGGUGAGGGCUGUGGUUCUGGCACCCAGUUCACGUUGGAUUGUGCUGAUCAUGAUUCUUGCGUCCGCUUUGGCCACGACAUUCUAUCGCUGUGGUGUUCCGAUGAGUUCCAGGCGACAGUCGAUGAUGCUUUGUUCGCGCCAAACUGUUUCUAGCUGGCUACUGAGCUAGUAUAAGACUUCUCUGCCCAGACGAGCGAUUCUCUGGUGAAGAAUGCUUAAAGUGUAUUGAAAUGUGUAUCCGUCGUGGGUUCCCGUGAAGUGACAAAGCUCUCCUCGUUCGCAGUAUUUUCUCUCUCUCUUGAGAGCUAAGAACUAAGCUAUUGUUGCCAACCAACCCAAGUGUACAAACAACUUCAAACAACUUCAGACAACGACAAAACU